CUCCUUAGAGAUUUGAAUCUUAAUGAAUGUUGAUUUAGAGAAAAAAAAAAAAAUUCCUCUAAGAAAGGUUUCUGUCUUAAACCCUAAAAUACAAGAAAUUGGCAUUCAGCUCUUCCAGCGCCAAUUUAUCGUAGAAUUCCGAUGAUGGGAAGCUGGUGACGGCGGUGUGAGGUCGUCGGAGUGGGAAACGGCAACGAGUAAGAAGAAAAGUUCAGAAUCUCAAGAAUCACGCGGCGGCUAAGAUGACUCUUCACUCCAUUUUAAUUCAGAAGCUAUUGAGCACCAAAGCCCAUGUUGGUCGUCAGGUUGCCACUCACCAUUUCAAGCUAUAUACCUAUGGCUUCCGCAAUCGAAUGGCGAUCAUUGACUCCGAUAAAACCCUAAUUUGUAUGCGCAAUGCCUUGAACUUCAUUGGCUCAUUGGUCCGCCAGAAGGGUCGUUUCAUGUUCGUUAAUACCAAUUGGCUUUUCGAUGAAAUCAUUGAAGAAAUGACGAAGAAGAUUGGAUGCUACAGCCCUAACGCCACCGCACUUUGGAAGAUGAGUGGAAUUCUCACUAAUAGUGGAAAUCCUAAGAAGUUCAGGUCGAGGCAUAAGAAGCUCUGUUUUGGGCCUACUCAACCGCCUGAUUGUUUGGUGGUUAUAGAUACGGAGAGGAAAUCAUCGGUGAUUAUGGAGGCGGACAGAUUGCAGGUUCCGAUUGUGGCCCUUGUGGAUUCGAGUAUGCCAUUGGAGAUCUAUAAGAGGAUUGCUUAUCCUAUUCCGGCCAAUGACUCAGUUCAAUUUAUCUAUUUGUUCUGUAACUUGAUAACGAAGACCUUCCUUUAUGAGCAGAAGCGAUUGGGUUCUACUGAAGCAGUUGCUGUCGAAGAGGAACUUCCUAAAGCUCAACCAAGAGAGGGAUUGGAUCACGUAGAGGAGCAGAUGAAAAUCGAUGAUGUUUUGAAGAAAGAAUUGCUUCUUGUUCCCUAUGGGAGUUUAGCGCCUCUUCCAGAUGACAUAGCAGAGACUAAAAAUCUUUUGGAUAAGCUCGUUGUUUUGAAGUUCAAUGGAGUUUUGGGCACAGCUAUGGGUUUUAAUGGGCCCAAAUCCGCAAUCAAAGUUUUUGGUGAUUCAACACCCCUUGACUUAUUUGUUGAGCAAAUUGAGUUCCUAAAUGGAAAGUAUGGAUGCAAUGUUCCAUUGAUUAUCUUGGAUUCUGCUGAAACUCACGAUGAGACAUUGAAGGCCAUGGGACAAUAUAAGAAGUCGAGAAUUGAUGUCCAUUCUUUGAUUCAGGGACAAAAUUUGCAGCUGAAUCCAUUUCAAAAACCAAAGGAACAUGAUGAUUUGUAUACUUCUGAUCAUGGCCCGCUGCUCCUUUCCUUGCUGACUGGUGGAACUCUAGACGUACUAUUAUCAAAGGGUAAGGAGUUUGCUCUUGUUGUUGGCUCAGAUAAUGUUGCUGCUGUUAUUGACCCACAAAUCUUAAAUUAUUUGAUCCAAAAUAAGAUCGAAUUCUGCUUGGAGGUAACACCUGCAGCAGCAUUGGAAUCAAGUAGCAGCACUUAUUCAACUCCAGAGAGGUGUCAGCUUGCAGAUAUUUCUCUAAAUUCAAGUCAAUCUCCAAUGGUCAAGUUCAAAUUUUCUGAUACAAGAAGCUUGUGGCUGAAUUUGACUACCAUCAAGAGACUAGUAGAUACAAAUACACUAAAGAUUGAGACCUCUUCAUUUUCAGAGGUUGGAAGCAGCGAUAAACAAUUGCUCUUGCAAAAAACUGCAGUAGGUUCAAUGAUUAAGUUCUUUGAUCGAGUUGUUGGAAUAAAUGUCCCAUAUCCUCGUUCACUACAACUGAGUUCAACUUCAGAUUUACUUCUUUUACAAUCAGACCUAUACACAUCUAAUAAAGGCUUAGUAGUAAGAAAUGCAGCAAGAGCUAGCCCUGUAAAUCCAUCAAUUGAUUUAGGUCCUGAAUUUGAAAAGAUUAAUGAUUUCCGAAGUCGAUUCAAGUCAAUUCCGAGCAUUGUUGAGCUGGAUAGCUUGACAGUAAGAGGAGACGUAUGGUUUGGGUUGGGUGUCGCCCUCAAGGGGAAUGUUAGUAUCAUUGCAAAACCUGGGGUAAAGAUGGAAAUCCCAGAUGGUGCAGUACUCGAGAAUCAGGAGAUCAACGAUCCCACGGAUAUUAAAUGAUGAGAUCAUGUCUCGGCGAAGCAGGAAGCUUUAACAGAAUAAUGUUCUUUUCUCAUACAAACUGGUUUUAGAGCUCUACCCUUCUCCCAGAAUUUCUUCAAUCUCUUCUUGUUUCAUUUUUAAGGAUGGGAUAUAGGAAGUCGUGGCAGAGCAGAAGACAUUCUUUCAUUAGCACUGAACCAAAAAGUAUGAAACACAGAUUCGCCUAGUAGACAGAAUUCCCCUCUGUAACUUCAUGAGUUCAAUAAGUUAGCCUUGACCCCAUUUAUGUAUGUUGGCACCACGAGAGAUGGCUCAUAAUAUCGGGAAAAUCAAUUCAGAUCAUUCAUUAAAUCAUAUUUUGCGAUACAUAUUUAAUGGAAACAACAGGUACUGUUCUAGAAUCAAUAGUUUCAAAUUUGGACUAGGGAGGAUAUCCACAUUUUCAAUGUUGUAACUUUUGGUCUUUCAAAUUUAUGUGAUGUUCAGCUAACUGCGGGCAUCUUUUUGCCCCUAAUGUAUCAUUUCAUUUUCUUGCAA